AUGCUAUAUGAAAUUGGGAUGGGUGCUGGAGCAAAGGGCGAGAGUGGUGCUUCUCAAUCUAUUGAAGGCGAUACUGGUGGUAUGACACAAGCACCAAAACUGAGGGGUCCAAUGGAUAAAUUUGCUAGUUCUCAAGCACGACAAUCUACACUGAACUCCAAAUGGAAACAAGAAGAAAGAAAAGAUGUGUGUCGAAAGAUUGGGCGUUUUAUAUAUUGUAAAGCUCUUCCAUUUAAUUUGGUGAAUGAUCCGUAUUGGGUAGCUGCAGUUGAUGGAAUUGCAAAUUAUGGACCUGGUUUCAAACCCCCUUCUAUGCAUGAAUUGAGGACUUGGAUUCUUAAAGCAGAAGUAGAGGACAUAAAUGUCAUGAUGGAAGAACAUAAGAAAGCAUGGAAACAAUAUGGAUGCUCAAUUAUGUCUGAUGGCUGGACAGAUGGGAAAAGUAGAGUUCUUAUUAAUUUUCUUGUGAAUAGCCAUGCUAGAACUUGGUUUUUAAAAUCAAUUGAUGCAUCUAAUACUAUAAAAAAUGGGGAGUUGAUGUUUAACUAUCUUGAUAGUGUCGUAGAUGAAAUUGGGGAAGAUAAUGUUGUUCAAGUUAUUACUGAUAAUGCUUCAAACUAUGUCAAUGCUAGGUCGAGACUUAUGGAGAAGAGGAAGAAGUUGUAUUGGACUCCAUGUGCUGCGCAUUAUGGGAAAAGUAGAGUUCUUAUUAAUUUUCUUGUGAAUAGCCCUGCUGGAACUUGGUUUUUAAAAUCAAUUGAUGCAUCUGAUACUAUAAAAAAUGGGGAGUUGAUGUUUAACUAUCUUGAUAGUGUCGUAGAUGAAAUUGGGGAAGAUAAUGUUGUUCAAGUUAUUACUGAUAAUGCUUCAAACUAUGUCAAUGCCAGGUCGAGACUUAUGGAGAAGAGGAAGAAGUUGUAUUGGACUCCAUGUGCUGCGCAUUGUAUUGAUUUAAUGUUGGAGGACAUUGGAAAAUUGAAAGUCUGUGACCAAACUCUCUCGUUAUCUAGGCAAGUGGUCAAGUUUAUAUAUGGACAUUGUUGGGUUCUUUCAAUGAUGAGAUCAUUUACAAAGAACAGUGAACUACUCCGUCCAGCAGUAACACGGUUUGCCACUGCUUAUCUUACUUUCCAAAGUCUUUACAAACAAAAGCAACCACUCCAAGCUAUGUUUUCUUCAGAAAAGUGGGCUUCUAGUAGUUGGGCAAGAAAGGUUGAAGGGGUAAAGGCUCGUGCAACUGUGUUGUUUGAUCCAAAAUUUUGGCCGAAUAUUGCUUUUUGUAUCAAAAGCACAAUACCUUUGGUUAGUGUUUUGCGAGAAGUUGAUUCAGAGGAAAGGCCUGCUAUGGUUUACAUUUAUGAGUUGAUGGAUUUGGCUAAAGAAAAGAUUGCUUUCAAUUGUGGAGGAAAUGUUAGGAAGUACGGACCAAUUUGGAAUAAGAUAGAUGCAAGGUGGACACCACAACUUCAUAGACCUUUACAUGCUGCUGGUUAUUAUCUAAACCCUCAAUUGCGCUAUCGAGAUUCCUUCUCCAAUGUUGAGGAGAUUCAUACAAAAAAGAGGAAUAGGCUUGAGCACAAACAUUUGAAUGCUUUGGUCUAUGUGAAGUACAACACUAAAGUAAGAGAGAGGAGUAUCAGAAGAAGACAAAACAUCGAUCCAAUACUAAUUGAUGAAAUUGAUUCGGAUGAUGAAUGGAUUGCUGAAAAAGAAGAUCCUGUCCUCUCCCUUGAUGCUUCUUGGCUUGAUGAAGAAGAAUUGUUCGAUGCUGAAGCAAUUAGGACUGUGCCUAUCACUACAUAUGAUAGAAGUGUGGAGAAUCGAUCAACUAUGACUACGAUUAAUGUUGACUCAUCUUCGAAUGCGAAGAAAAGAAAAGUUGGUGAAGGAAAUGAUAGAGGAAAAGGCAAGGCAGCAAGAUGCACCCUUGCGGAUGAAGACAUGGAGUUGGAAGAAGUUGGUGGAAUAGAUGAUGGAACUUAUCCCAUUAUAGAUAUAGCGGACGAAGAUGAUGACAAUAUUAAUGAGGAUGACUUAGAGUGA